AUGGCCUCACUACAUUUCUACGUAACUAAGACAAGGAAGAUCUCUGCCUCAAGCUCUAGUGCCAGCAUUACUGCAAAAUCGCCAAACUUUCAACCUUCUGGCAAUAUUUCAGAGCAGGAAUUCUCAAGUCAUGUAUAUCGGGGAGGGAUCAAGCGACUUUUUGGGGGUCCAGUCGAGGUUCUAAGAGAUCAGAUAGAUCAUUACUCAGCUAUCACCACAGAUGCAGUCUGUGAGAUGCCCUUGCUAGAAGCGGCACGAAGUGGACAUGGAAAGAUGGUGAAGCUGUUGAUUGAUCAUGGAGCGAACAUCGAAGCCAGAGAUCACGAACCGGAGACGCCCCUCCGUUUAGUUGCAGUUUACGGCCACGGAGCUAUUGUGAAACACUUUGUUGACAGAAGCACUGGUCUCGACUGCCUAGAUAACAAUGGGAGAACGCCCCUCUCCAUCGCGGCGGCUUACGGUCGUCGAGCUAUUGUGACCCAACAUAUUGACAGAAGCGCUGGACUCGACUGCUUAGAUAAGGAUGGGGGGACGCCUCUCUCCAACGCUGCUGAUGCCGAGUCAACGAGAUUGGCAAAGUUCUGGAUAGAGCGCGGUGUGAUCGCAGUUCUGUUGCGGGAGAACGGGGCUGAUGAAAUGUUGAGCCCCCAAAGGGAUGUUCUCCGAGAUGAAGCGAGAUGUCUGGCUGUACUAGUUGACGCAGAAGCACAAGGAAAUUCCGAGGGCCAACUUUCGAGAGCCCGGGAUGGACAUCAGAGCAAUCUGGUCACUCCGGCUGAGGGCGCUCAGACUCUUGUUGUCGAGACAGAGGUGGGCCAGCCAAUUGAUAGCGAUACCGAAGAUUCUAUGGAUGGGGAAGCACCAAGCCGCUCCGACCAUCAAGAUCCAGAAGACGAAGCAGCUAUCUCAGUGCAACCGAGGCUUCCUCCUGCUGGAACUUCAGAGCUCGCCGUCAUUCUGGCAUUGAGUAUGGUGAAUGCAGACCAUGGGGGCGUCCAGGGAGACACGAGCCAUAUUUUGAGAGACGGGGUUGAAAAAACAAAAGCAUUCCCAAAGAAGUACCUCUCGGAUGCCAUAUUCCAGCCUCGGAAGGCAAACCAUGGUCAUCAUCAAACGCCCUCGGGACCGAAGUGA